AUGGAUGAUAGACAUGGAAUUAGUUAUGCCCGACCACCGAAUCUGCCGUAUUUGGACUCUGGGCUCGCUCGGGAAUGCGUAAAUAUGGCUUUGCGGGAUAUUGAAAGCUUGUCGCAGGCUUGUCGAAGGCUUGUCACGGAGUUAUGA